AUGUUGCAAGAUGUGGCAGUUAUCAUGGGACUACCGGUUGAAGGACAAGCAGUCAUUGGUCAUGGGGAGGGAAAUUGGCCAGCAUUAGUACAUGAGCUGCUAGGGGUUAGGCCGGAAAACCCUCAAGACCCCACCCAGCCCAAGAUCAUCGUUGGAUCGUCAGUGAAGCUGACUUGGCUCCGACAGCAUUUUAGCGCGCUUGAGGAUGAUGCAGAUGAUGUGACGGGUGCCAAGGACAUUGGUGGAUGCUUGAUGUUAUUACAGAUAUGGUCAUGGGAGCACAUUCAUAUAGGGAGGCCAAUUAUUCGGACGGUUCGACCGGAUGGGCAAAAUGAUCAGGAAGAUGACGCGGAUGAUUUUGAACCGAUAUUAGGGUCACAGCAUCGGCGCGGGGUGGAUCCUUUGGCAGUAAGCUGGCUUCGCGUAUAUCUUUCGAGAUCCCACUCCCCACAUACUCUCGUCUACUACAGGGACGCACUAGAUCGACAACGGGACGAGCAGAUGACAUGGCAGCCUUACACAGCGGCUAAGAUGGAAGCUUUACCGCACAUAUGUACAUCGGGCCACGAGAUUUGGAGAUCGCGUUGUCCUCUUAUUUGCUUUGACAUCGUCGAGCUACAUCUACCGGAUCGUGUCAUGCGUCAAUUCGGUUUGGAGCAAGUAAUCCCGCAAGCCUGUGACACCCAACCUCAACUACAUGCGAUCGAUCGGAGGACUGGGGACAAGAACUACCUCGUACGACAUAGAUCGCAUGUAGAUGCGUGGAACGACCGAGCAUCUACAUUGGUUGGAGGAGAUAACUUCACAGGUCAUAGCUCUGCUAUGUACAUGAGUUGGUACAGGCGCAUCUCGAUAUUACGCCUAACGAACACCGCAUUUGCGCAGCCAGGAUCACAUUAUCAUCCGACAUCUACGUUUCUGGUACGUUUUCUUUCAACACUCAUAACAAAUAGUAAUAGUUUUAAGUAACUCUUUUAACAAUAUAAUGAUAACAAACAGGCUGAGCGCAUCCGAUCGGUGCUCAUACAAUG